UGAUGUCCUCCUGGCUGCCGCUACCCCACAUCUCCCCCCCCCCCCGCCAGCCACGCUGCGCAUCCACCCGCGCCUAACGCCAACAGCCAGGCCGAGCACGUUGUCCUGUUCAUGCAAGAACACCAUGCCUUCGGCCAAUACGUUGGCAGGUUGCGCGGUUUCAAGGACCUUAACGUCGUCGUCUCCAACAAGUAGCACCAGGAUGUGUUCCACCAGUCUGUCGCACUCGGUAUCAAGCCCGCGCCACUUGCGGUGUGACGACGUUAUUUCCGUUCUGGAUCGAGCACGCCUUCAACGAAGCGACGCGGUGCAUCCUCGCCAGGAGCAACGGCUGGCAGGCAAACCACAUUGCGUAUGGAACAAGGGUAGCAUCGGCCACUGGGCGACUGCCAACACUGUGCAGCUUCGGCUGCUACAAGUGCCAGGGCAUCCCGUUGCACUUGGGCUUGGCCAAGGAUUGAACCACCACGGACAGCUACGCUCAGAACGUCGUUGCUAGCACGAACCCCAACCGUGUCGUGAGCCAGCGCCUGUAUUCACGCAAAACGUCUCACGCACUCGCUUGCGGCACGGAACUUGGUGCUGCCCUUUCGUUUCUCCCUGCCGCAGGCGUGCCUCUCUUGUACUACACGGUAUCAACGGCAGCGUGGCCAGCGGCGUAAACUAUAUUGAAAGCAUCGAGUCGCCCGGCUGUGAGCAGGGGGGCAGCGGGUAGCGAGUGCCC